UGGCCAGGACCGGCGCUGUGUGUAAGUCAUUUAAAAAGCAAUGACACAGAGCACAUCUGUAGGAAUCAGUAACUUUAAAGGUUCACAUUGGAAAAUUACAAGUUAGACGCGUUAGCAAGAGCUGUUUUGUCCUGAUCAAAAAAAAAAAAAAAAGUUAAAAUUCAAAUGAAGUAACAGAGCAUCAUAAAUUCACAUAGUGCAUAGUGUAGGAUUUCAAAAAUAUCACAAGAUAGAACUGAAUAUUUGUAUGGCUCUUAAACCUGCAGUGGAACCUAUUCAAACCAGUCUUCUCUAGCUUUUUUGUAUUUUACUGUAAUCAAGUAAUUCAUUAUUUCUCCCCCUUGUGACUCUUGCGUCUUUUGUUCUUGUCUCUCUUUUUUCCUCCUCUAGGAGAAAAACCCUACAUCUGCCCAUAUGAAGGUUGCAGCAAACGUUACUCCAAUUCGAGCGACCGCUUCAAACACACCCGCACCCACUAUGUUGACAAGCCUUACUACUGCAAGAUGGCAGGCUGCCUGAAGCGCUACACAGAUCCCAGCUCAUUACGCAAGCACAUUAAGGCCCAUGGGCAUUUUGUUGCCCAGGACCAAGGCGCUCCGAGCAGGCUGGGGACGGGGCUGGGCCUCUCUGGGCGCCAAGGCCCUGCUGAACUGCCACCUGUAGGCGGGGCCCACAUCAUCAUCCCUGGGGCUGCUGCAGCUCUUCUUGGAGGUCUGGGAACCUCUUUGCCUCUCUCUGCUUUCUGCCAUGCCAGAGCCCUGGGCCACCACGGGGCACCACUCAUUUCUGUAGGUGGAGGAGGAGGCAGCGCAAUGGGGCCGCUUAGCCUCACUGACUCUCCUCUGUUACAUUUUGGACUUUCAGCUGCAUCAAUGUUAGGGCUGGGAGCUCUGAGAAGUCUGGGACACAUGGCAGGAAAGGAGACAAAAGGUGAAGAAGAAGAGGAGGAAGGAGAGGAGGGGGAGGUAUUGAACCUGUCUGCUGGGGUAGGACCCAGACAAGGUGACCAUUUGUCCUGGGUGGUUGUUCCCCCAAGGGCACUUCUCCUUAAACCAGCUGUUGUCAGCUAGAAUGUGCACUCAGCCAUGCACAGAACCAUAUACCACUUACAUGAUUCUGAUGUGAAGUGUGUGUGUGUGUGUGUGUGUGUGUGUGUGUCUGUGUGUGUGUGUGUGUGCGCGCGCAUGUCAGUGAUCAAAGGUUGCUUUCACCUGCAGAGCCAUAAAAAGCAUUUCAGUCAUUACAGCCCAGAAACACCUGAAAAAAACAGACUGAAAAGUACAAAGUCUUUGUGUUGUGUGCACAAAACCUAAACGCCUUUUGAGUGUUGGGUUGCUUAAAGUUUUUGCCCCAUGCAUGUUUUAGCUGUCUUAAACUUUAAAAGGUCCAUUCACCCAAAUCACAAAGAAAAUAAACUUGCCAUGCAGAUACAUUUCUAACAGCUGACAUUUUGAGAUGCCUUUUGAUACCUAAAUACAGUCUUGAUCCUAGAUUUCUGCUUAAACUCAACAUAUCCUUAAAAUAGUCCAUUAUUUUAGAUAAUCCACAGUGGAUAAUCUGGAUAAUCACUGUAAAAGAAAUUACAAUUAAAUGUUUAAGAUAAGGUAGACUUUAUUGAUCCCAUACCAGGGAAAUUCACCUGUUACAGAAGCUAACAAUAUACAAGGUGGAUAAGAAAAAUACUCAGGGGCACCUUGGUGUCUCGACAGGCAGUGUUUGAACUAACAUUGUUAAGGAUGUUAACAUUGUCCCCCUAUGAUGACACGAGUAUGCUAAUAUUGACUGCGGCAAGCAGCUAUGGAUGUAGACUCCUAAUCCUGUUGCAAUGUAUAUAAAGGUGGUGGCAGAUGUUUUAGAGGUGAAUAUCUCAAAAUCUCGGGACACAAAAUUACAUCUAUCUGCAUGGUUUGAGUGAAUUGACCCUUUAAUAUUCCUUGAUGCAUCCAUCUCCUCCCAUUUAUGGCCAGAAAACAUUUUACAGUGGACAAUAACCUGUAUUAGAUUAACUAAACCAGGUUAUAAAAAGAGCCGGUACACUAACUUUACCUUUGUAGUUUUUAUGUUCGACAAUCCCCACUGACUGCUUCCACAGAAUCAAGUUUUACUCAUAAAUACAUAUAGGGAAAAGCAUGGGGAGCAAUGAGAAAUACAUACAGUCCAUACAUAAUAAUUUAAUGUAACAUCAAAUGAUAUGCAUUGUAGAAUUAAUCAGGAUCUACUUCUGUUACAAUCUGUAUUUUCUUUCUUUCAUGCAAAGUUACGAGCUUGUGCAAUCCAGGAUUUAAAUUUCAAAAAACAAUCAUUUGAAAAAUUUGACACCAGUUCCCAAAACAUGACAGUUGACACUUGUUAUUUUAAUACUAUCUACAAAAUAUUUAUGUGUAUGAGAAAAUAAUUGUGUUUUUGAAACAUUUAUGCGCCUGGUCACAAAAUGGAAGGCAAUUUUGAAUCCUUCAAUGUUGGACUCACAGUCUUGUUAAAGACGUCAAAGACGUUUUCUGUGGUUUCAUUUGGUACAUUACAGUAGUUGUCAUGUGCAACAUGUGCACCUAUCAUGACCCUGCUCCAUUCUCACACCCACAGCAUACAAAAUAAUCACCUCCCAUGAGGAAAACAGAACCUCCUGGGUCUUAUUGCCACAUAUGAUCAUUUAUGGCGUAGUAAGUUAGUUAAAGUGAUCUCAGUGUGGCUGUCAGCUACUUUUUUUUUUUUACACAGAGAGACUUUGGCCUGGUGCGACAUUUGCAACACUACGAUGUGUGACAAAAGACUAUAAUCCACACAGAGCUAUCUGUUUGACCAUGUGAUUUUUCAAGUCACAAGAAGAAAGAAAAAAAAAACUAAGUUGACGCAACUGAAUGUAGGUUUAAGGCUGAGUCACUUCCCUCCUUGCUUUCUACCAACAACAGCUUUGUUCAGUCUUGUCUAAUCACUUGCUCUAUCAAUUCCAAGACAACGAUCUAGACAGGAUCAGCCCUGCCUUUCAGACAAGACAUUGGGAAGGACAACAAGUAGAAGACAAUGGUGUGUUUUAGUGUAUUCAUAUCAUUAUAACACAUUUGCUUCAAAUGAAUGUUAAAACAUGAAAAGGUACAGACAAAGAAGCCAAACAAUGGUUUAUUGGUUAAAUGUUUUUUUUUUUUUUAAGGGUGAAUGUUUGACAAUGGCCACAUGUGGCCAGUAACUGUGUUGAUUUACCUUGUAUUCCUGUUGCACAUUGAUUUAUCCUAAUCAAUAUUUCAAAAGUGUCCAAGUGCCUUGUGUUUCAACUGAAUUAUAUCACACAAUAUAUGAAAAAUAUUUACACAAAUGUAAAGUGUAUAAAUGUACCUUUCAUUACAUUUUAGAAAGCUGAAAUUUAAUAACUGACAUGACAACAGAUGUGAUUUGUACAUCAGGGCCACUACAACAUUUUCCAAGGACAUCACCAGUGUUGAUGACUAUGACAAUGACUCUACGUCAAUAAACACAAAAAACUGAAAAAAAAAACCCAACAACCUCCACCUCUCCUGUUGUGUAUCUUUGUUGAACCAAUCAAAAGCUUUUAAAAUCAACAAAACAAGAAAAUUUGGUUUUACCUUGAAUACAUCAUCAAUACAUGCUUUUUUUCCCCAAGAGUAUUCUGCUAAUCCACAAACAUUUCAGGAAAUAAAAUGUAUAGAUUGUGCCGAUUAAGCUGAUACCUUUGCAGUUUAAAUGAAGACUGUUCAUUUAAAUGAAGACUGUUAGAAAUAGAGAUUUAAGUUAGAGCCUAAAAUGGUUCUUCAUGGUAAAGCCAUAUGGAAACCUCUUCUUGUUCUACAACUUAAAGAACCAGUAAUCAGUUAAAUCAUCUUAGAAUAUCUAGCUUUUAUUUUGACAUGUGGAUAGACUUACAUUGUUGGAACUACUUUCUUCAACGUGUGAAUUAACUCUACUGGGAACACACCACAGAAGAAAGGACAAGAGGGAAUUAUGGCCACAAUAAGAGCCUGUUUGUCCUUAAUCUCUGGUUAGCUUGAUUAGUGUCUGCAGCUCCAAAGUCUGCCAGCUGAUGUUACACCGGGCAACGAAGCAUAUCAACGCUAAGCUGUUGACUCAGCACAGAGGACAAAUGGGGAGAGCGGUUCUUCCAAUUUGCACAAAAGCACACUUCACAGUAAAGACUCUUCACAUAACAUUACUAAAAUUUUUCCCAGGUCGCUGGCAGACUUUAUGGACUAACAUACCUGGGCAUAAAACAGUUUCAUAUAUCUCAACCCCCUGAUGCACAACAUACGCAUACUCCUAAUGCACAACAUGGGUAAAAAAAAGACCCACAUUCACAUUCCCACACAGUGUUUCUUUGCUCUAUCUUUUAAAAUCAAUUUAUUUUAUAAUUGAAUAUUCUAGGUAUUCUUUAAAUAGCUUGUUUUUGAUAACAGAUCAUUAUUUUAAAUGUUCCUUUCAUACUUUAUUCCUUUUAUUACUACAUCAAGUUUACACACAUGGGUCAAAAGUGACAUAUUCAUCCAUGUGUGAUUUAAAAUUAAAUGACUUAAUGAUCAUUUGUUUCAAAUAAUUACUUUAGCAGUGACUGAUAAUAGAUAACACAGCUAUUGAACUGUACUGUAUCUUUAUUGUAAGUAGUGUAAACUGGUAAAAUGUAACUAAAUAAAAUACAACUGAUCACGUCACUA